CUUCAGAGCUGCACUGUAGUGUCUGCCCGUCUUGAGUGAGUGAGUGAGUGAGCUGCGAAUUUCAGACAGAUAGAUUGCCAUUUGGUCUUCGAUCCAGCAGAACGACAGAAGGGAUACGGGGAUCGAGACAGAAGCAGGAGGUGCAUUUGGGGCCCGGCCGAGCACGAUACGUGUGCUGCAGGCAUGGUCUUCUCGCCUGCAAUUCUCGUGUCUGCCAUCGUCUUCUUCUUCGUGGUUCUGUUCAUAUGGAUCUGUCACUUGACUUACUCCGGCGACCAGAGAUCAAUGGAAUUUCCAAUCGACGACCACGGAGCUGCCAACUCCAGCGAUCCCGAGAGAGGAUGAUGUGAGUAUUCGACUCGACAGGCCUCGUCCCCAUAAAGUCCAGAUCCAAAUCCACUCCAUACUGGCAGUCGAUGUGUCGUCCAGAAUUUGUGCAGGCAUUUGACAUGGUACCAUGAUCGCUCAAAGGAGAACGAUGUAAUCUGCCGAAGGUGCACUCGCCAACAAACAAGCCAACCUCCCGAACUCCACGAUGACAUAUCAACUUCCAAGAGUUUCACUUGUUGAAAACGCUGAACUUGUACAUACAAAGUAUUCAACUCUUGAGGUAGGGCUCCUCGCAGCAGAUAACCAAGUGCUUCCUUCAAGCUCAAAAAGGUAGAACCAAAUUCCGGUCGUGGCAUUGCUACCACCUCUUCAGUUUAUAAAGUUGGUUUCGGUCACCGAGGUUCUCGCGUC